GACACCCCAACAACCCUUCCCUCAACCUCAGCAGUGUCCUCUACUGCUUCUUCUACAACCGAAGUACCCUCCUCUGCUGUCACCUCCACUGCUGUCACCCCCACAGAUGUCACCUCCACUGCCAUUUCCUCCACUGCUUUCACCUCCACUGUUGAAACCACCUCUGCUGACACCUCCACUGGCAUCACCACCACCGAUGUCACCUCCACUGCUGUCCCCUCCACUGGUGACACCCCAACAAACCCUCCCUUGACCUCAGCUGUGUCCUCUACUGCCUCUUCUACAACAGAAGGACCCUCCUCUACUGUCACCUCCUCCGCUGUCACCCCCACUGAUGUCACCUCCAGUGGUGUCACCACUUCAGAUGCCGCCUCUACUGCUGUCACCUCCACGGAUGUCACCUCCACUGCUGUCUCCACCUCAGAUGUCACCUCCACUGGCAUCACCUCUACUGGUGACACCUCCACCACCCCUCCCUCGACCUCAGCAGUGUCCUCUACUGCUUCUUCAACAACUGAAGGACCCUCCUCUGCUGUCACCUCCUCUGCUGUCACCCCCACUGAAUCGACCUCCAGUGGUUUCUCCACUUUAGAUGCUGUCACCACCACUGUCACCUCCACUGCUGUCACUCCCAAUGCUGUCACCUCCACUGGCAUCACCCCAACAGAUGCCACCUCCCCUGCUGUCUCUUCCACAGCUGUCACCCCUACAGAUGUCACCUCCACUGCCAUUUCCUCCUCUGCUGUCACCUCCACUGGUGAAACCACCUCUGCUGCCACCUCCAGCGGUGUCUCCACCUCUGAUGUCACGUCUACUGCUGUCACCCCCACAGAUGUCGCCUCCACUGCUGUCACCCCAACAACUGCCCCCUCUACCUCAGCAGUGUCCUCUCCUGCCUCUUCUACAACCGAAGGACUCUCCUCUGUUGUCACCUCCUCUGCUGUCACCCCAACUGAUGUCACCUCCACUGCUGUCACCUCCACUGCCACCACCCCCACAGUCUCCUCUACUACAGAAGGAAUGUCCACUGCUGUCACCCCAACAGACGUCACCUCCUCUCAUGUGACCACCACAGAUGUCACCUCCACUGCUGUCACCUCCACUGCCACCACCUCAGAAGUGACCCCCACUGUCUCCUCUACUACUGAAGCAAUUUCCACUGCUGUCACCUCCACUGUCACCUCCACUGCUGUCACCUCCACUGGCAUCACCCCAACGGUUGAAACCUCCCCUGCUGUCUCCUCCACAGCUGUCACCCCCACAGAUGUCACCUCCUCUACCAUUUCCUCCUCUGCUGUCACCUCCACUGCUGUCACUUCCACUGCUGUCACCUCCAGUGGUGUCUCCACCACUACUGUCACCUCCACUGCUGUCACUCCCACAGAUGUCACCUCUACUGCUGUCACCCCCACUGCCAUCACCUCCACCGCUGUCUCCACAUCUGAUGUCACCUCCACUGCUGUCACCUCUUCUGCCAUCACCUCCAUUGAUGUUUCCACCUCAGCUGCCACCCCCACAGCUGUCACCUCCACUGCUGUCACCUCCACUGCUGUCACCUCCACUGCUGUCACCCCAACUGAUGUCAUCUCCUCUGCUGUCCCCACUUCUGCCAUCACCUCCACGGGUGUCUCUACAACUGAUGCCACACCAACAGAUGUCACCUCCACUGCUGUCACUCCCACUGAUGUCACCUUGUCUGUUGUCACCCCCACUGAUGUCACCUCCACCGCUGUCUCCACAUCUGAUGUCACCUCUACUGCUGUCACUUCCACUGGAGACACCCCCACAGAUGUCACCUCUACAGCUGUCACCUCCACUGCUGUCACCUCCACUGCUGUCACUUCCUCUGAUGUCACUCCCACGGAUGUCACCUCCUCAACUGGAGCCACCCCUACAGCUGUCACCUCUACUGGCAUCACCUCCACAGCAGUCACCCCCACAGAUGUCACCUCCACUGCUGUCACAUCGACUGGGAUGACCUCCACUGCUGUCACCUCCAUUGGUGUCUCCACCUCAGAUGCCACCUCCACUGCUGUCACCUCCCCUGAUGUAAUCCCUACAGAUGUCACCUCCCCUCCUGUCACCUCCACCGGCAUCACCUCCACUGCUGUCACCCCCACAUAUGUCACCUCACCUGUUGCCUCCACAAGUGCCACCACCUCCACCGAUGUCACCUCCUCUGGUGUCACUCCCACAGAUGUCACCUCUACUGGUGUCACCUCCACAGAUGUCACCUCCACUGCUGUCACCUCUUCAGGUGUCACCACCACUGGCAUCACCUCCACUGCUGUCACCCCAACUGAUGUCACCUCCCCUGCUGUCACCCCCACAGGCAUCACUUCUGGUGUCACCUCCACCGCUGUUACCUCUUCUGCUGUCACCUCCACUGGCGCCACUUCCACAGAUGUCACCUCUACUGGUGUCACCUCUUCUGCCAUCUCCUCCACAGGUGUCACCACAUCUGAUGUCACCCCGACCGAUGUCUCCUCUACUGCUGUCACCUCCACCGAUGCCACCUCCACACUUGAAACCUCCACUGCUGUCACCUCUACUGGUGUGACUUCCACAGCUGUCACUCCCACAGAUGUCACCUCCACUGCAGUCACCUCAACAGGCAGCACUUCUGGUGUCACCUCCAGCGGUGUCACCUCCACAACUGCCACCCCCACAGAUGUCACCUCCACUGCUGUCACCUCUACUGGAGUCACUUCCACUGGCAUCACUACCACUGAUGUCACCUCCUCUGAUGUCACCACCACAGCUGUCACCUCCAGUGCUGUCACCCCCACAGAUGUCACCUCAACUGCUGUCACCUCCACUGGCAUCACCUCUACUGUCCUCACCCCCACUGCUGUCACCUCCACUUCUGCUACCUCCACUGCUGCCACCUCAACAGGCAUCACUUCUGGUGUCACCUCCACAGCUGUCACUCCCACAGAUGUCACCUCUGUCACGUCCACAGAUGUCACCUCCACUUCCGCUACCUCUACUUCUGUCACCUCCACUGGAGCCACCUCCACAGAUGUCACCUCCACUGCUGUCACCCCCACUGAUGUCACUUCCACUUCUGCAACCUCCACUGCUGUCACCUCUACAGGCAUCACUUCUGGUGUCACCUCCACUGCAGCCACCUCCACUGCUGUCACCUCCACAGAUGUCACUUCCACGGCCAUCACACCCACUGCUGUCACCUCCACCGGUGUCCCCUCUACUGUCAUCACCCCCACAGAUGUCACCUCAACUGCUGUCGGUUCCACCGGCAUCACCACCUCUGCUGUCACCUCUACAGAUGUCACCUCCACUUCUGCUACGGCCACUGCUGUCACCUCUACAGGCAUCACUUCUGGUGUCACCUCCAUUGCUGUCACUCCCACAGAUGUCACCACUACAUCUAUCAGCUCCACUGCUGUCACCUCCACUGCUGUUACCUCCACUGGAGCCACCUCCACUGCUGUCACUCCCACACAUGUCACCUCCUUUCCAAUCAUCUCCACAGGCAUCACCAGCACUGCUGAAACCUCCACCAGUGUCACCUCUUCUGGUGUCACCCCCACAGAUGUCACCUCUACUGCUGUCAGUUCCACGGGCAUCACCACCACUGCCGUCACCUCUACAGGCAUCACUUCUGGAGCCACCUCCACUGCUGUCACUCCCACAGAUGUCACCUCUACAUCUAUCAGCUCAACUGCUGUCACCUCCACUGUUGUCACCCCCACAGAUGUCACCUCCACUUCCGCUACCUCCACUGCUGUCCCUCCCACCGAUGUCACCUCAACAGAUAUCAGCUCAACUGCUGUCACCUCCACUGGAGCCACCUCCACAGAUGUCACCUCUACUGCUGUCACUCACACGGAUGUCACCUCAACUGCUGUCAUUUCCACAGCUGUCACCAGCACUGCUGUCACCUCUACAGAUGUCACGUCCACUUCUGCGGCCUCCACUGCUGUCACUCCCACUGCUGUCAGCUCCUCAGAUGUCACCUCCAUUUCUGCUACCUAUACUGCUGUCACCUCCUCUGGAGCCACCUCCACAGACGUCACCUCCACUGCUGUCACCUCCACUGGCAUCACCUCUACUGUCAUCACACCCACAGAUGUCACCUCCACUGUUGUCAGUUCCACAGGCAUCACCACCUCUGAUGUCACCUCUACAGAUGUCACUUCCACUUCUGCUACCUCCACUGCCAUCACCUCUACAGGCAGCACUUCUGGUGUCACCUCCACAGCUGUCACCCCCACAGAUGUCACCUCUACUGCUGUCACCUCUACUGGAGUCACUUCCACUGGCAUCACUACCACUGAUGUCACCUCCUCUGAUGUCACCACCACAGCCGUCAGCUCCAGUGCUGUCACCCCCACAGAUGUCACCUCAACCGCUGUCACCUCCACUGGCAUCACCUCUACUGUCCUCACCCCCACUUCUGUCACCUCCACUUCUGCUACCUCCACUGCUGCCACCUCAACAGGCAUCACUUCUGGUGUCACCUCCACUGCUGUCAUUCCCACAGAUGUCACCUCCUCUCCAGUCACCUCCACUGGCAUCACCAGCACUGCUGUAACCUCCACUGCUGUCACCUCCACUGGGGUCACUGCCACUGGCAUCACUGCCACAGAUGUCACCUCCUCUGAUGUCAGCUCUACUGGCCUCACUUCCACUGCCGUCACCCCCACAGAUGUCACGUCAACUGCUGUCACCUCCACUGGAGCCACCUCCACAGAUGUCACCCCCACAGAUGUCACCUCUACAGCUAUCAGCUCAACUGCUGUCACCUCCACUUUGUCUACCUCCACUGAUGUCACUUCAACAGGCAGCACUUCUGGCGUCACCUCCACCGAUGUCACCUCCACACUUCACACCCCCACAGGUGUCACCUCUACUGGUGUGACUUCCACUGCUGUCACUGCCACAGAUGUCACUUCCUCUGCUGGAACCACAAGUGCCAUCACCGAUGUCACCUCCACUACUGUAACCCCCACAGAUGUCACCUCCACUGAUGUCACCCCCACUUCUGUCACCUCCACAGGCAUCACUUCUGGUGUCACCUCCACCGAUGUCACCUCCACACUUGAAACCUCCACAGCUGUCUCCUCUACUGAUGUGACUUCCACUGCCAUCACCUCCACUGCUGUCCCCCCCACAGAUGUCACCUCCACUUCUGCCACCUCCACUGCUGUCACCUCCACUGGCGUCACCUCUACUGUCAUCACCCCCACUGAUGUCACCUCAACAGGCAUCACUUCUGGUGUGACCUCCACAGCUGUCAGCUCAACUGCUCUCACUUCCUCUACAGCCACCUCCACAGCUGUCACCUCUACUGGUGUGACUUCCACUGCUAUCACUCCCACUGAUGUCACCUCCACUGCUGUCACCCCCACAGAUGUCACCUCCUCUCCGUUCACCUCCACUGGCAUCACCAGCAGUGCUGUAGCCUCAACUGCUGUCACCUCUCCUGGUGUCACCUCCAUAGGCAUCACUUCUGGUGUUACCUCCCCCAAUGUCACUUCCACACUUGAAACCUCCACAGCUGUCACCUCUACUGGUGUGAUUUCCACUGCUGUCACCCCCACUGAUGUCACCGCCACUUCUGCUACCUCCACAGCUGUCACCUCCUCUGGUGUCACCUCCACAAAUGUCACCCCCACAGAUGUCGCCUCCUCUCCAUUCACCUCCACUGCCAUCACCUCCACUGCUGUCACCUCCACUGGCAUCACCAGCACUGCUGAAACCUCUACUGCUGUCACCUCCACUGUUGUCACUUCCACACUUGAAACCUCCACAGCUGUCACCUCUACUGGUGUGACUUCCACUGGAGCCACCUCCACAGCAGUCACCUCCACUGCUGUCACUUCCACUGUCAUCACCCCCACAGAUGUCACCUCCACACUUGCAGCCUCCACAUCUGCUACCUCCACUGAUGUCACCUCCACUGCUGUCACCCCCACGGAUGUCACCUCCUCUCCAGGCACCUCCCCUGACAUCACCAGCACUGCUGUAACCUCCACUGCUGUCACCACUUCUGGUGUCAGCUCCACAGGAUCCACCUCCACAGAUGUCACCUUCACUUCUGCUACCGCCACUGCUGUCACCUCCACAGGCAUCACUUCUGGUGUCACCUCCACAGAUGUCACUCUCACUGAUGUCACCUCCACUGCUAUUACCUCUACUGGCGUCACUUCCAGUGCCAUCACCUCCACUGAUGUCACCUCUACAGGCGUCACCUCCACUGCUGUCACUCCCACGGAUGUCACCCCCACUGCUGUCACCUCCACUGGCAUCACCAGCACUGCUGUAACCUCUACUGCUGUCACCUCUUCUGGUGUCACCUCCACUGGAGCCACCCCCACAGAUGCCACCUCCACACUUGAAACCUCCACUGCUGUCACCUCCAAUGUCACCUCUACUGCUGUCACCACUUCUGGUGUCAGCUCCACUGGAGCCACCUCCACAGAUGCCACCUCCUCUGAUGUCACCUCCACAGCUGUCACCUCCACAGGUGUGACUUCCACUGAUGUAACCUCCACUGAUGUCACCUCCACUUCUGCUACCUCCACUGCUGUCACUUCUGGUGUCACCUCCACUGGAGCCACCACCACAGAUGUCACCUCCACACUUGAAACCUCCACUGCUGUCACCUCCACAGGUGUGACUUCCACUGAUGUCACCUCCACUUCUGCUACCUCCACUGCUGUCACCUCCACAGGCAUCACUACUGGUGUCACCUCCACUGAUGUCACUUCCCCACUUGAAACCUCCACUGCUGUCACCUCUACUGGAGUGACUUCCACUGCUGCCACUCCCACAGAUGUCACCUCCACUGCUGUCACCUCCACAGGCAGCACUUCGGGUGUCACUUCCACCGAUGCCACCUCCACACUUGAAACCUCCACAGCUGUCACCUCUACUGGUGUGAUUUCUACUUCUGUCACUCCCACCGAUGUCACCUCCACUGCUGUCACCCCCACAGAUGUCACUUCAACUGCUGUCAGUUCCAUGGGCAUCACCACCACUGCCAUCACCUCCACAGAUGUCACCUCCACUGGCAUCACCUCUUCAGUCAUCACCCCCACAGAUGUCACCUCCACUUUUGCAACCUCUACUUCUGUCACCUCCACAGGCAUCACUUCUACAGGUGUCACCUCCACUGCUGUCACUCCCACUGAUGUCACCUCGACUGCUGUCACCUCUACUGUCAUCACCCCUACAGAUGUCACCUCCACUUCUGCUACCUCCACUGCUGUCACCUCUUCUGGUGUCACCUCCACUGCUGUCACCCCCACGGAUGUCACCUCCACUGCCAUCACCAGAACUGCUGUCACCUCUUCUGGUGUCACCUCCACUGGAGCCACCUCCACAGAUGUCACCACCACUGCUCUGUCACCUCUACUGGCGUGA